AUGAAGGUCAUUUCAGGACAAGAGAAAUGUCUCCUCCGAGCAAGAGCUGUCGUGUUUUGGCCAGAGAUUACGAAGGAUAUAAUCCAGGUUGUUGAAGGCUGUGAUGCAUGUCAGAAGCACCAACACAAACAGCAAAAACAGAAUAUACUUCAACCUGAACCACCUUGUUACCCUUGGCAGAUACUCAACUCCGAUCUGUUUGAGUACAAGGGUAAUUCAUAUUUGUUGCUAUCAGAUGAGUAUAGCAAAUUUCCCAUUGUCUGGAAGCUGAAUGGUACCUCAUCAUAUGCGAUUAUUAACUAUCUUAAGAGCAUUUUUGCGGAGUAUGGUAUUCCAGAAAAGCUUGUUACGGAUAAUGGACCGCAGUAUGCUUCCCGGGAAUUUCAGCAGUUUGCUAUAGUUUAUGGGUUUCAACAUACCACAAGUUCGCCUAUGUAUCCGCAAUCUAAUGGAUCCUCAGAACGUAUGGUCCAAACCGUGAAGAGUAUCCUGAAAAAAUGUGAUAAGGAUGGAACCGAUCCUUAUUUAGGACUGCUUGCCUAUCGUAGUUCGCCAGUCAGUCACCAGUUGAAAUCUCUGUCAGAGCUGUUGAAUAGCCGCAAGCUAAGAACAACCUUACCGAUAGCGAUGCGAGCCUGUGUGAAUGAUAAUACCAGCAUCACCAAGAGUGAGCUGCACCGACGACAGGAACAACAAGCACUGUACUAUAACCGCACAGCUGGACCAACCUUGAAGCCAUUUUCUGAAGGGGAACCUGUUAACAUCUAUGACCAUCAUAGUAAGACUUAUCAUAGUAGGACUCAUCAAACCCGCUAA